ACAUAACACUCAAUACACCACUCAAUACAACACUCAAUACAUUUCGGUAUUAAUCGAUAUAAUAAUAGUUAAGUAAUAAUUGUUAUAAUAAUGAGUGAAACGACUAUUUAAUGGUCGCAAUUGUGUUGUGAUCUAUGGUUUGGUUUUCAAUAAUAAACACAAUUUAUAAGAAUCGCCAUUGAAUUGAACGAUCCGUUUGAUCGCCAACUCGUCUGAAGAUAACCACAACACCAGAAGAAUGAAGAAACUGUUCCAACGUCUGGACAAUCAGACCUCUGGUCGCGAUCACAGUCGGGACAACUCAGUCGCCAAUAGUAAUAACGUUAGCAAUAGUUAUGUCGGGAAAGUAUUUUCGGUCAAUCGGUUCCAGUGCACCGUCGAAGACACCAUCGCUGAAGGUGGUUUUGCGCUCGUCUUUCUGGUUAAGGCCCACAACGGAGUCCGAUAUGCACUCAAACGCAUGUUUGUUAAUAACGAUUACGAUUUGAAUGUCUGUAAACGGGAGAUACAGAUCGCUACAAACUUAGGUUCGCAUAAAAAUAUUGUCGGUUUAGUCGACUCCGCCAUCAAUUACUGCGGAGACGGUGUCCACGAAGUACUUAUGCUUUUGAAUCAUUGCAAA